AUUGAGUAUAAAAUUGAUGCGUGGUGCACGCGCCUUUCUCGAUUUCUGCACGAAAUUUCGUAAAAUAUUUUCACCCGCCUCCGGAAUGGAAGAAGCGCUGAAACCGCCGUCGCUCGUUGCGAACAUGAAAGUGUUGGAUAAAGAACUAUUCAAUAAGGAAAUUGAACUGCCCUACAUUGGUGUGGCCGAUAACAAGGUAUCUGAUAUAUUACCCAAAAUGAAGAAGUACUUGUUACGGGUGGAUCAUUACAAACCCAUAUCUCGAUUGGAUGAUAACAUUGUGUUAUUCCUGAACCCACUGAAAGUCGGUAGAUGGGAGGAUCUGGAGGAGACGGAUAGGAAUUACCUGGUGGGCAAGAACAUAGAUGCACAUCUAUUCAAAUUUCACAAGGAAGUAUUGAAGUACAAUAAUUAUUCGGCAGAGGAUGUGCUGCGGGCUGUGCUGCCAAAAGAUAAAGAGGGCAUGGCGAGUUUCACGAAGAUCGGUCAUAUAGUGCACGUGAAUUUGCGCGAACAUUUGCUCCCCUAUAAAAACGUGAUUGGAGAGGUGCUCUUUGAUAAAGUCUCUGGCUGCAGAACGGUGGUGAACAAAGUGAACAUGAUCGACAACACGUACAGAAAUUUUCAGAUGGAAAUCUUAUGUGGAGAAGAGGAUUUCGUGGCGAAGCUUAAAGAGAACAAAUGUACCUUCGAGUUUGACUUCUCCAAGGUGUACUGGAAUUCGAGACUCUGCACCGAGCACGAAAGAAUCGUCGAUCUGGUUGGGACCGAAGAUGUACUCUUCGAUGUUUUCGCCGGAGUCGGACCGUUCUCGGUGCCCGUCGCCAAGAAGAAAUGCCCGGUUUUCGCAAACGAUUUAAACCCGGAAUCGUAUAAAUGGCUGAAACACAACGCAAAGAUUAACAAGAUCGGUGAUAAUUUGAGCAUGUCGAACAAGGAUGGAAAGGAUUUCAUCUUGAAUGAAGUUAAAGAUAAACUGCUGGGGUUCGUUAAGGAGAGGAAGAGGGUUUUCGUCGUGAUGAAUUUACCUGCAUUGGCUGUAGAGUUCUUGGGGGCGUUCAAUGGGCUGUACUCUGAUGUUCAGCGGGUCGAGAUGGAUACGCCCCCAACGAUUUACGUGUACUGCUUCGCAAAGGGGGAGGAGCCUGAGGAGAUUGCCAGGAGAUUGGUCGUCGAGAACUUCGGUUGGGAUGUGAGUGCGAAGAUCCUGGAGGUGUUCCGCGUGCGUACGGUCAGCUCGAUGAAGGAGAUGAUGCGAGUCGCGAUCCGCCUUGACGAGGACAUCAAAACAAACAUUUCGUUUUGCAGUUCCAGAUCAAGGUUAAGGAAAAGGUGCUCGAGAUCGACGGUCUGCUGAAGAGCAUGCAGGGAGAUCUGUGCACAACCGGUAACGGCAGCGGAGGCGGCAACAAAAACGAUAAGGGCGUUGUAGGAGGCG